CAACAACAUACACAGUCAGCUUUGACACCCAUCUACAGAGCGCGUCUAUUUCAAUGGUAUAAUGUCAAAUAGGAGGCAAGACUAUAUUCUGCGGGUGCGAUAUCAUAAUCCGCUUCCUCCUCCACCAUUUCCUCCAAGGCUCAUUAAUAUCUCAAAUCCUGUCAAACAAUAUGCUUUGCCAAAUUUUGUGUCAAACCUAAUACAAGAAAAGAAAAUUGCUAUUGAAAAUGAUGCUGAACUCGGAAUGCCCAUGGACUUAGCUGCUGUUGAUGGCUUCUUCGAAGGCGAUACGUCCUGGAACCAAUCCGACAUGUCUGGCAUGAACUUGGAACCAGUUGACCGCUCUUUGCUCAAAGUCGCAGGUGGAUCCGGUUCUUCUCAUGUCGAAGUUCCGUUUUUACGCCGAACUGAGUAUAUUUCUGCUGAAGUGGGUCGAAAUAGCUCGACCCGUGGUAAUUUGCGAUUGACGGCUUCCACGAGCAAAGCAAUUGCUGAGCAGCGUGGUCGGUCGCUUCGUGAAAUUCCUAAUCAGAUCCAAGCCAUCGAACAAACAUUUUCGGCUGUACAGCAGCCUUUGGAAAAUUUAAAGCAUCCGACGAAACCCGAAUUGAAACCUGUCGGUGCCUGGAAUUUUUUGCCAAACGAUUCUAUGGCUGGCAUUCAGCAUCUUAUGUUACGUGUUUCUGAUAAUCUUACAGAUCGCACGCCUACUUCUUCAACGCCUGGAGAAGAAGAUGUUUCGAACCGACACAAGGUCGCUCUUUUUAUGCCUUCUUCCGCUGAGGGCGAACAAUAUCUGUCUUAUUACCUUCCUUCAGAAGAAUCCGCAGAAAAAAUUCAACAAGCCUCUAACAAUUCUUCCUCAACUGAAGGCCCUUUCUUGUAUAACUUAUUCCGCAAUUUUGACGCCUCUAUGCUUGUAAAUCCUAGUGGUUUAGAAGAUUUAUGUCUAAGUAUCUGCACUGACCAAGAAAAUCCUAAAAACAACAAGGCUUUAUACACUCCUAUUUACGCUCGGUCCACAUUAAAACGACGACAUGUUCGUGCUCCCGUCAAUCCCGACACCAUUGAUGGUAUUGAGUUGACAUUACGAGAACCGAACAGAGAAGAAAGUGUCCAAUUAAAGCGGGCUAGGUACGAUUCGUUUGCAAUGGGUGAUGUGGAAGCUCUUGAAAAGGAGGAGCAAGAAAUCGCUGAAGAGCAGGCAGGAGAAGAAAAUGAGCUUAAUGAAAUUGAAGAGCAACACCAGGACGAAAAUCCUUUACCAAAUCCUUCAGAAAAUCCUCAACCAUUGCCUACCGAGGAGUCGGGGCAGCUUUCCACCAAAAAUGAACAGAAGGAAGAUGAAGGAAAGGAGGAGGAAAAUCAAGAUCAACAUAAUGGACAAUCGGAAACUAUUAAUAAUGAAUCGAAUGCAUCUGAACAAAAUGAGCACUCGAUUCCUGUGGAGCGAAAUCAUCAAGGAGAGCAGGAAGAACAAGUGCCCGAUACGACCAACGAGGUUGAAGCCUCUGCUCCUACAGCAAACUCGCCCUCUCAUGUGCCAGAAUCAUCUUCUACUUCUUAAUUAUAUCUAACAAAAAUUUUGUACAAUCGUUUCCUAGUGUCAAUGAAAAAGAUGGAUUUAUCUGUGCUAUGCGUAUCCAUCUGGCACAUACUUUUUUCAUAGUGUU